AUGGCAACGGGCCUGAUUGGGAACAUUAACGCAUAUGACAGCAAUGUCGAAACAUGGACUUCCUACCAGGAACGACUUGAACAGUACUUUAUGGUCAAUGACAUCGAUAAUGAACGAAAAGUGGCAAGACUUUUAACACUCCUCGGUGAAAAGACGUACGGGUUGUUAAGGAACCUUACCGUACCAGCAAAGCCGUCCGAGAAAUCGUAUGAGGAACUUUGUCAGCUUUUACAAACUCAUUUGUGCCCGAAACCGUUAAUAAUCGCGGAACGAUUCCGGUUUCACAAGAGAAAACAAGCAGUGGGCGAAAGUGUGAGUUGUUACGUAACUUCACUUCGGAAGUUGGCGGAAUUCUGUGAAUUCGGAUCGAACUUGAACGAUUCUUUAAGGGACAGGUUCGUUUGUGGACUUAAAGAUGCAGGAACACAGCGAAGAUUAUUGUCAAUCGCUGAUUUGACACUGCAAAAUGCCAUAGAAAUAGCGCUUGCCAUGGAAGCUGCACAUAAGGACGCCGCCGAGUUACAGUUAUCGGCAGCCGCCGAUGUGCCUGUCAAUCGAGUUGGACAUUCAACAAAACCCAAGAAAUGGAAGCAUCACAAACAUGCCAAAGAGAGCACCAAGUGCAUCCAUUGUGGGAAAACUAACCACCCCUCCGAUAAAUGCAGACUGAAAGAUGCAGUUUGUCAUCACUGUAAAGCAAAGGGACAUAUAAAGGCUAUAUGUAGGAAGCUUAAGUCGGUGCAGUGUAUGGAGGAAAACGUUUCAGUGAUCAACACUGUGAACAAAGGAGACAACGGGAAAUUCAUCGUUAAGCCGAAGAUUAACGAUGUCGAGGUACCCAUGGAGCUUGAUACAGGAUCAGCAGUUACCCUCAUAUCAAACAAGGAUUUCCGAAAACGAUUCGGAAAUAUGAAGCUCGAUCCUGCUUUUUCCAUACUGAAGACAUAUUCAGGCGAUGUCAUAGAGCAACAAGGGACAGUUAUGGUGCAUGUCAGUUAUAAUGGACAAUCGCGAACAAUGCGACUUUGCGUCGUAAAAGGUGAUGGGCCUGCACUGUUCGGAAGGGACUGGCUGAGUCACAUCAAACUGGACUGGGACACACUUUUUAAUGUGAACUCUGUGACAACGGAAGGCCUGAAGGUACGUCUAAAUUCUAUACUUGACAAACAUAAAGACGUGUUUAGUGACGGUAUAGGACAGGUGAAGGGCAUUAAGGCAAGGCUCACCCUAAAUGAAAAUGCUCAGCCUAAAUUCAUAAAGGCUAGGCCGGUACCGUACUCUAUUAAGCCAAAAAUAGAGAAAGAACUGGACAGUCUCGAGAGUCAAGGAAUCAUCUCGAAAGUGGACACCAGUGAAUGGGCGACACCGAUCGUUCCUGUCGUAAAAGGAAACGGCGAUGUGAGAAUAUGCGGUGAUUUUAAGGUUACCGUAAAUCAAUCAAUCAAGGUUGAUAGAUAUCCUCUCCCAAGAAUCGAGGACAUUUUCGCCAAUCUGUCAAAUGGGCGAAAAUACAGCAAGCUUGAUAUACGACAAGCGUACCUACAACUAGAAUGCGAGGACGAAACCAAGGAGUUGCUAACGAUCAACACCCACCGAGGAUUGUACCGUUACAACCGGAUGCUAUAUGGGGUUUCUUCUGCUCCAGCUAUAUGGCAACGCACAAUGGACCAAAUUCUUCAAGGAAUCCCUGGGGUGCAGUGCAUGCUGGAUGAUAUGGUGAUUACUGGUGAAAGUGAUAAUGUGCAUUUGGAUAACUUACAAAAGGUGUUGUGUAGGUUACAGCAAUAUGGAAUUAAAGUAAAUAAGGACAAGUGUGAGUUUUUCGUGCCAAGGAUUACAUUCUGUGGUCAUGAAAUUGACGAACAAGGUUUAUGGAAGUGUCAGGAUAAAGUAGAGGCGGUAUUGAAUACACCACCUCCAUGUGAUGUUACAUCACUUAGGGCAUAUCUCGGGGUACUCAAUUAUUACCAUCGUUUUCUACCAGAUCUCGCGACCGUAACAAAGCCCAUGAACGCGUUGCUCGAGAAAAAUCGAAAAUUCGUCUGGUCAAAAGAAUGCCAGAGCGCGUUCGAAAAGUCGAAAACACUUCUCAUUACGGAACCUGUUCUUACACACUACAACCCGGAACUUCCGGUUAGGCUCGCGUCGGAUGCCUCACCGUUCGAUUUCAUUAACAACAAGACAACAAGACCUGACAACAAGAACCCAUCUGACUUAGACACAAUUGACAUGUACCACUUCCAGAUUAAAAUUAAAACAACACCACCAAUAAAACCCAUUUACAAUCCACAGCGCCUCUUACAUUCACUCAUCAACUCCCUCUUCACUGGGUUAUCCUCAUCCACAUUCAUGUCUUCUUCCGGGGCCUGGCUUGACGAGCCUCGCAAUGAAAAUAUGGAUGUGGAUGUCGGUGCCAACUGCUUUCAUCAGAUGCCAAAGAUGCCUUGUUACCUCAAGAUCAAGUUCUUUUUCAAUGAGACCCACCCUUGCGAGGCGCUACAAAAAAGCGGCCUUGAUGGGAAACCCCAAAAAAACUGA